AUGGAAGAACUCCGAAAUUCAAGAACUCAUUUGCCUAAAGAAAAAGUGCAUAAAGUAGAUGGUGUGAAUUAUUCUAACGUUGAAAGAAACAGCCCAAAAUCGCUUAAUCUGAGAGUGUAUUUGCUGGAUAAUGAGUUCAAGACUUUAACUUAUGAUCACAGCACAAGAGCAGUUGAUUUGAUUGAUCAAAUGUCAAAGAAAAUGAGCAUAACAAACUCUGAAAAUUUUGGAAUUUUUGAUGUCUACACACACAAUAGCCGCGUUGAAGAAAAGCUGUUGAAAGAUGACGAUUGCAUCUCUGAUGUCAUAAAAAAGCAUAAAAAAGACCGAAAAAUUGUAUUUAAGUGCAAAAUGUUCAGAGAGCUGAAUAUCAUAAACGCUGAUGAAUUUAGCACUCAUUUAUACUAUAUUCAAACCAAAGAAAAUAUUAUAAGUGGCUAUUUUAACGCACCUUUACAUAUUGCAAUCACUCUAGCCGCUAUAGAAAUGCAGAUCGAAUUUGGUCCUUUUAACCCCGAAAAGCAUAAGCCUGGGUUUAUUUUUCCAAGAAUUCGUGACUUUUUUUCAGAAAGGCUAUUGGAGCAGCAUGGAUCUAAAUAUAUAGAAAAAAGAUUAUUAGAUGAGUAUAAGCAAGGUGAACCAGUAAUUUUUAUAUAGAAAGCUUUGCUAUUUUUAAAGAAAACUUAUACCCUUGAAGCUAUGAAAUUGUCAGUUUUUGGAUGCAGAUUUUUCAAUGCUAGGCAGCGAAGAUCAAGAGAUAUACCGGAGAGGAUACAGCUAGGUGUAAAAUCGAUAGGAAUUAUCAUUAUUAGUCAAGAAACUAGAGAAUUUUUAAGACAAUGGUCAUUUGAAACUAUUUUCAGAUGGGGAUACACAAGUGAUGCUUUUUAUUUUCAGCUGCGCAGCUUAAAUGAUGGGAUAUCAGGCACUAUUUGGGAACUUUUUACAAACGAAGGAGAAACUGUGUCAGAUCUUCUUAAUAUGUAUCAAAAAUACAUAUUAGAUGACAUUGAUGAACUUCAUUGCAAUCAAAUCUACAUGAGCUCAGAUUUAGCGAUUAUAAAAAUUCAGUCUUGCUGAAGAGGAUAUAGACUAAGAAAAAAGCUUGGCUCAAUUAAAAAACUAUUAGCUGCACAAAUGAUUGUUAAAAUUUGGAGAGAUUUUCGUAAUAAUAAAAGUUUAUUGUAA